AUGCCGGCGCGCGCUCUUGUCGAACAUUUUAGUCAGUUCGACAAGGCUGAUGCAUCGAUCUGCAGCGUGAACAUCUUGAAGGUCCAUUGGCUCGAAUAUUUGGCUGACACAAAGGAUAAGAGGCCAGUACUAGUUUGCACCGAAGCAGAAGAGGAUCGAGUAACAGUUUCUUUCAUCAGCCAGUCAAGAUCAGAAAAAAACCAACUACAUAAAGAGUUGCUGUUUUGGUUAGACGAGGACUCUAGCGCUACCAUCGAACAGCUACGAGCGUCGUGGGCUUUCUUCAAUCGUGACGGUGACAAGAAGCUAAAGAGCGGCGGCUACCCACGCAAGAACGCAAGGGCCUGGGACGUCAUCAAGCUGUAUCUAUAUCAGGACGCAGUGGGUGGGCAUAGUGCUAGCUGUCCUCAGUGCGGUUGUGUGUUUUCACUGCAUUGA